AAUAUCAAAAUAAACAACGAUACGUGUCAUGCGAACGUUAUCUACCUGUUUGCCGCAGUUAAGAUUUACAUUUCGUAGAAGACCGAGUACAAUUUACUUCCUUGUGAAUAAAGGGUAAAUGGCUUUGUUGGAUAAACUUAUAUAGUAAAAAUGGCAUCAUCAAAACUACUUGUUGCUGCUAUCGACUUUGGUACAACAUUUUCUGGGUGGGCGUUUUCUUUCAAAAACGAUUUUAAGACUGAUCCCACGAAAGCGUCAGUAAAACAAUGGCACUCCGGCUCUGGCACCCUGACUACAGAGAAAACACCGACUGUGGCAUUGAUCAAUCCAGAUGGGAAGACACUUAGAGCCUUUGGAUACGAUGCUGAAAAUGAAUACAAGGAUUUGGCUGCUGAAGAAGAACAUGGAAAGUACUACUACUUUCAAAGAUUUAAAAUGCUGCUUCACAAGAAACUAGGAGAGAAACUUGACCGUACUGUUACACUUGAGGACGCAUUGGGGCGUUCACUUCUGGCUUUGGACGUUUUCUCACUAUCAAUAAAAUACUUAAUUGAAGAUAUGAUGAAAGUUGUAAAUGACAGACUAGCUGGGACAAUUGGUAGUGAAGAGAUAUUGUGGGUGAUAACGGUUCCUGCAAUAUGGACUGAUGGGGCCAAGCAAUUCAUGAGAGAGGCAGCUGUGAAGGCUGGUAUUAAAACAGAGAAUCUCAUUAUCGCUCUUGAACCCGAGGCUGCUUCAGUGUUUUGCCGGCAUCUUUCCAUAGACACAACUGUUGACAAUAAGGAAGUUCCAUUAGCGAUAUUUCCUGAUGGCACAAAGUACAUUGUGCUUGAUGCUGGAGGUGGUACGAUAGAUAUAACUGUUCAUGAGGUAGUUCCUGGUGGAUUAAAGGAGGUCAGGUCAGCUAGUGGUGGUGGUUGGGGUGGAACAACAGUGGACAACGCGUUUAAAACACUCUUGACAGAUAUAUUUGGUCAAGAUAUAUACGAAAGAUUCAAAAAUGAAGACACUGAAGAUUGGCUAGAUCUUUGGCGAGAUUUUGAGGUAAAGAAAAGAGGAAUUUCCCUUGACAAAACAGCAAAAAUAAGUAUGAAAUUUCCUAUUUCGUUAAUAAAUAUGUUUGAAGAAAGAAAAGAGCUAAAACUGUCAACAGCCAUUGCAUCAACAAAAUAUGCAGAAAAUGUCACAUUUUCAGGAGACAAAUUGAAGUUUUCACCAAGCGUGUUCCAGAAUUUGUUUAAAGAGUCAGUCAGUCUAACAACUGAUCACCUGAAGACGCUGAUGAAGGACACGAGCGUUAGAGCAAUUCUGAUGGUUGGGGGGUACUCGGAAUCUCCCAUGCUACAACAUGCAGUAAAGAUCACAUUCAAAGACGUUGAAGUUGUUAUACCGCUUGGAGCAUCUUCUACAAUACUUCGUGGGGCCUUGGUAUACGGUCACAGUCCUCAGCUCGUAAAAGAAAGGAUUUUAAAAUACACGUAUGGAGUUGGAUGUUCAAGAAAAUUCAUUGCAGGAGUUCAUGAUCAAAAGAAAUUAAUUUGAACGGAUAAAGGAGACCACUGCCUCGAUUUAUUUAGUAAAUAUGUUGAAAAGGGACAAACAGUUAGCAUGGGCGAAUGUUUUGAAGACAUAUUCUCACCACGAAAUCGAGAUCAGAGAAACAUAUACUGUCCGGUAUAUGCAUCAGAGGCUGAAAGUCCGAUGUAUACUGAUGCAGAAGAUUGCACUUUAAUUGGAGAAAUUAUUAUACCGCUAGAAGAUCAUGACGUAGAUCUUUCAAGAACUGUCAAGAUAUUACUAACAUUUAGCGAUACAGAAAAUCAAGUUGAAGGAAUUGACGAGAAAUCAGGAAAGAAAACAAACGCAUCACUAAAUUUCUUAGGAUAAGAAACCAGUAACAGAUUUAUUGUGUUACUUUGUAUGGGACAGAGCCUGCGAAUUGAAAUAUUCAGUAUCAAGAAACCGAAAUAUGAUUUUACUUUUCUACAGGAAAUCUAAUUGUACUGUUCUACAGGACUGAAACAGUUUGAAAAAUGUCUUGCAUGUGCCUAGUUUACGAAGUAAAACUAAAAAAAAAGACUUUGCGCAUAGUAAAAACUCCUACAGUGUAGAUCUGAAUGAAACUUUCCACUUUUGUAAGUUUUCCUAAAUUGUCUAUCAUCUGGUCAAAUUAAAUGGUUCGCAUGUUUUGUGAUUGUAGUGGAUCUUAAAAGGAUUAAUAUUCUUGUAUGGUUACAUAUAAGGAACGAUUCCUAAAUAUACAAAUACAACCAUU